AAUAGUAGCAGAAACAAAAGAACAUGGACCACUUGGCUGCCUGCCCUACUAAAAUUAAAAUGUCUUAAAAACAAUACGUACUAUAGCAUUAAGGUCCCCUGGUUUUAGGGCCCCUUUAAGACAGGCCCAAAAACAGGUAAAUAACAAGAAAAUAUUUGAAAAAACAUACAAACACACUCAACUUUGAGUUGGUUGUAUUGUUGUCCAUGGAAGGAAUAGAGGACAAUAAUACAGUAGCUUUCUGAUGACCUCAUAAUUUUAUUGCCCCCCACUUUUAUCCUUGUCUAACAUUAUUUUCAUCACUGUCAUUAUUUUUUGGUUCUUUUUUCAGAUGGUGGUUGUGGGUGGCGUGUUUGUAUUCUGAUAUUUUCCUUCUGGGGAGAUGGGUGUGCAUUAAAAAUCAUCAGAGGCAUCAUCAGUACCUUUUUCGGUGCUGUAGGGAUGGGCAAUGGAGUGGGCAGGGAGGAUGCUUGAAUUUUUGUUUUUAGAGAGGGGGGUAAAAACCAAUUUAGUUUUGGGCAGUGUGUUGUUCUUGUGGGCAUUGAGUUUUUCUGACAAAUUCAUGUUUUUGCCUCCCUAUCUGUAGUUUUCUGAGGGAGACUAUAAUCCCUUUGUAUAUAGUGCUUCUGCCUGACAGUCUCGAUGUGGGUAGGCUCAGUUUUUAGGCAGUGCAGUUGCCUUUGUGAGUUUCAGAAACAUUCUGCCAGAAUUCUGCGAUUGCCCGUUAGGGUGUUCAGAGGGCAUGAUAUCUCUCAACUGAGAUGAAAAGAGAGGACCAAUCCCCUUGGACAUGCAAAAGAUAAGGUUGAGAUGAUUCAAAUAUUGAUAAAAUUUUGACACCCGUCUUUUGUGAAAUUCAAAUAGCCCCCUGCCUGGGAAACCAUGCCUGAAGCCCUGGAAUUAGGUCACAAGGAGUGGGAAUUGAAGAAGAGAAAAAACCAUGAUCCAAUUGCAAAUGAUAGUAAUGAUAUGCCUAAUGAUGAAUGGGAAUCCAGCUCCACAACUGCGCCCAAGGUUAAGAGGGCUAAAUCCCAAUCAGAUUGGAGGUCUGGUGGGAGCGAAGAGGUGGGAGAUAGCGAUGAUCUUCAGCUCGUGGGAAGGGAGAUUUUUGAUGCCACAGGCAUUGGGCUAGAAAAUGGGAUCAUGGUUCAGGCUGGGGUUGAUGGACACAAAGAGGGGGUCGUGGAGAUCCAGGAGACUAAGCCCAAGAUGCCUCUUGAAGCAAUUAAGGAGAGCAAGAUGAAUGGAAAAAUUGCAGGAGAUGUAGCAAAAGGAAGGAAGGAUGAUGAUGAAAAGAUAACAGAGGAUGAACCUCUGACCACGAAUGGUACUAGGCUUCGUAUGCAGUCCAUAAUGCUGGAAUUGAAAAAAGCCAGAGAGGAUAUGCUACACUGGUUGAGGCAGGAAAUGCACAAUCUUUUCUACGAGGGAUCCAGUGGUGGCAGGAGGAUGAGCCUUGGAGGAGGGGGACCGGUUAGGGGUGAAAUGGAAUGCGAAGAGCAGCAGGGCUCUGAGCACAAUGUCAUCAGUGGCACCACUCCUUUGGGCAAUGGAAGCGGUGGAAUGGAUUUUGGAGCUCAGGGGAGUGGGAGUGGUGGAACUGAGUUUUUCGCAGGACAUACCAGCAGCCCCGCUGUUGGAGGAGGUGGAAUUGGUUACAAUGUCCAGAAUGGUGGAGAUUCAAACUAUAGUACUCAAAACGGGGUAAGUGGAAGGGAAGACAGCUUGGGAAGAUUGAACGAGUGUUCAGAUGGAACGGGUAUGAGAUUUGGAGGGCAUACUCAGAAGAACGGUAGCCAGGCAGAUAUGGUGUUUGGAGUGAGGGACAAUAAUAAUGGGAAUGGAGGAAUGAAUUUCGGAAUGCAAAGUAGGGGUCAUGGAGGAGGAGUGGCUAUGAGCUUGCAUAAUGGGUCUGUGCAAGUAAUGGGUUUUGAAAGGCAAAAUGGUGCUGGGGAUGGCAUUCUGAGUUUUAGGAAUCAGCACUCAGCACCAAGUGAAAUGACAUUUGGGGCAACACAGCAAAGUGGUUCAGUAGGGAUGAGUUUUGCAAAUCAGACAGUUAGAGAAACUGGAAUGGUAUUUGGGGGACAAAGUAUUGAGAAUGGCACUGGAAUUCAGGAUGGGAGACGAGCUGGAGGAAUGAUAAAAAAUGGGAGCUCAACAGUUAGGGGGAGGUCAAAUACUUCUGCAAACUCGGCAGGAAACCUCAAGGUUAAUUCUGCACAUAUUUCAGAUGAAGAGAGGACUCCUGAUUUAAUUGGGAUGCAGAACCAGAAUCUGCAGAACCCAGUUGCCCUGAGUAUGAUGUGGAACAAUGUUGCACAGACACCAAGAGGGCUUAACCAGAAUAUUUCUGAUUCAUCAGUUCAUGGCUUCAACUAUGAUACCCAUACCAAGCUUGGAAAUGGAACUUUGGGUGCAUACCGAGGUAUGGUUCAUACUAGUACAGCAUAUGAAAACAAUAUAGGAAUGCUGAACUCGACAGUAAUGCAUGCUGCAAAUACUACUCCAGGUAUGCAAAUUCCAAUGGGCAUGCAAACCACUGUGUCUAACAACCUGAAUACUUCUAGUGUGCCUUCAUUUAUGGGCAUGCAAAGCCAAGUGCCCAUGCAAAGUUUUUCUGGAAUGCAAAACUUCUUAGGUUUGAGCAUGAAUGGGAACAUAGGCCCAACACCUGUGGAGGGAAUGGGCCGACAAGUAUUUCCUUAUUUGAACGAACGGCCACAACAUCCAGCAACUGCAAAAUCCAAUGCUACUGGUGUGGUUCGUUCAAGAUCUCACAAACGAAGUGAUGCACUACUUGGAGUUGACAUGUUAGAAUUAAACUCAUAGCAUCCUGAUGGUUUUGUUGGACUGGUACCAAGAACCGUUUCGGUCUGAUUACAAGUUGCAAUAUAGUGGAAUCUUUUUUUGUCUGUAUGCACGAAUAAGGUGUAAAUCAUCCUUGUAGAAGUUCUUGUUUUUGUGUUUAUUGCUGCAUGGGGCUUUCUUUUUUCUUGUUGAACGUUGAUUUGUACCUUGGCAAUAUUUAUGGAGGAAUAUACUACUUUUGUUAGGAA